UAAGCGGUAAACAUGGCUUUCUGAAAUAGCAGCGCUUCCGUGAAAGUUUCUUGUUUUUAAGUAAAAGUUGUUAUUGAAUUCCAUUCCUCGCACGUCGCGCAACAAACUAGCUUAGACGUACGCACGAACACGAAACGUUUUUAUUUCGGUUAAGUGUUUGGACUUGAAGUAAAAGAAGAAGCCAAGUAUUUCGCGCUGCUGUUAAAUAAAAUUCAAAGUUUCGUAAAUUCAAAACGUAAACGAGAGAACUUCCUUGAAGUUAAAAAAGCUGAAGUGAAGUAAAAAAGUUCUUUAAAAAGCAAGAAAAUAAAAUAACGAAUUGGAAAAAAUUAAAAUUGAAUUUGAAAAACGGUGAACCCUUGUUCACCAAAUAUACAAGUGUUGUAAAUACAAAUUACUGCCACAGUAAUUACAAAAGUACCACAGUAGUUACUGCAAGUGUGUACGAAAUCGCUCCGCUCGCAUUUGCCACCAAGGAUUACGGUUUGCGCGUUUGACUUAGCGAUUACAUUGAAAAUAAAAAAUUAACUAAAAUCAAAAAGUACUGUGACUUUAACGAAGAAUAUGUUUCUCCAAAGAUAAUACGCGCUGAAAAAGCUCUAUGCGCCAUGUUGCAACUAUGCCAUCUGCAAUUAAGAAGUGCUUGCAAACGAAUUUGUUGAGUGUAAAUGCAGAAAAAUUUUUGAAAUAAAACAUCCAACACAAAUAAACCAAUUAGAAAGAAAAAUAACAUUAUAAAUUGCAAAGUGUGCGAGUGACAGCCAAGUCCUCAACUAAAAUAAGUGCUCCAAAAACAAAAACAUACACAAAACCACAAUGCACACUGCCAGCACAACAAUGUUGGCCGGCGCAAUCAGCCGCCACCUACCCUACCUGCUCAUCAUCCUUAUCAGCAGCCUGACCGGCAGCUAUACGCACGCACAGCAAUGCUCGUGGGAGUUUGUGCGCACAACGCUCGACAUCAAGUGCAAUCUGCGCGCCAUCGAACCGCUGGUGCCGCUCGAUCUGCAAGUCGCCGAAACGGCCAAUCGCUUGGAGAUACAGUGCUCCGCCGAUUUGCUGCACGCCAGCGAAUUGCCUGCCGGCGCCUUUGCGCGCCUGCAAAAGCUGUCCGAGCUACAAGUGGAUGCGUGCAAAAUGCAACGCAUCGCCGCCAACACAUUUGAUGGUCUGAUGUCGCUGAAGCGGCUAUCGGUGCAGACACAUAACUCCGUCUGGGGACCGGGCAAGUCACUAGAAAUAUUAGCGAGCUCGUUUGCGGGUCUACGCGAGUUGAACGAGUUGAAUUUGAGUGACAAUAAUAUACGUCAACUGCCUGAGGGCGUUUGGUGUACUAUGCAAAAUUUACAAGUGUUGAAUCUGACGGUGAAUCGUAUACGCUCCGCUGAGAAUUUGGGCUUCUCGGAAAAGAUGUGCACGCUGAAUGGCGCCAGCGGUGGCGCCGAAUUGCAAGUUUUGGAUGUGUCGCACAAUGAGCUGCGCGCACUGCCCGAUGUGUGGGGCGCCUCCCGUUUGCGCCGGCUGCAGCAAUUGAAUUUGCAGCACAACAACAUCAGCACGUUUGCAUCGAAUGCGUUGGCGGGUUUGAGCUCAUUGCGCAUACUGAAUUUGUCGUACAACCAUUUGGAGACUUUGCCCGCCGAUGCCUUUGCAGGCAACAAGGAGCUCCGUGAGAUACAUUUGCAGGGCAAUGAAUUGUAUGAUUUGCCCAAAGGCCUGCUGCAUCGGUUGGAGCAACUACUGGUACUGGACCUGAGCGCUAAUCAGCUGACAAGCCAUCACAUUGACAACAACACGUUCGCUGGACUCAUACGCUUAAUUGUGCUGAAUUUGUCCAAUAAUGCGCUGACACGUGUGGGCGCUAAAACCUUCAAAGAGCUGUAUUUCUUGCAAAUACUGGACAUGCGCAACAAUUCUAUUGGCCACAUUGAAGACGGCGCUUUCUUGCCAUUGUACAACUUGCAUACAUUAAAACUCUCCGAGAAUCGCUUACACACGCUGGAUAAUAAGAUCUUCAAUGGCUUGUUUGUGCUGAAUAAACUGACACUCAACAACAAUCUGAUCAGCAUUGUCGAGACACAAGCAUUCCGCAACUGCUCUGACCUGAAGGAACUCGAUCUCAGCUCCAAUCAGCUGGCUGACGUGCCUGAGGCCGUGCAAGAUUUGACCAUGUUAAAGACACUCGAUUUGGGUGAGAAUCAGAUUUCCGAUUUCAAGAAUGGCACAUUCAAGAAUCUGAGCCAAUUGACUGGUCUGCGUCUAAUUGACAACCGUAUUGGCAACAUCACCGUUGGCAUGUUCACCGAUCUGCCACGCUUGACUGUGCUCAAUCUGGCUAAGAAUCGCAUACAAUCCAUCGAACGCGGCUCCUUCGCCAAAAACAGUGAAAUCGAGGCCAUACGUCUGGAUAAGAACUUUCUUACGGACAUCAAUGGCAUUUUCGCAACACUCGCUACCCUACUGUGGCUAAAUCUCUCCGAAAAUCAUUUGGUUUGGUUCGAUUACGCCUUCAUACCAUCGAAUCUCAAAUGGCUGGACAUACAUGGCAACUACAUUGAGGCGCUCGGCAACUACUAUAAACUACAGGAAGAGAUACGCGUGACCACGCUAGAUGCUAGUCAUAAUCGCAUCACCGAAAUCGGCGCUAUGUCCGUGCCGAAUUCCAUAGAACUGCUCUUCAUCAACAACAAUAUCAUCAAUCAGAUACAAGCUAAUACUUUCGUCGAUAAAACACGCUUAGCGCGCGUGGAUCUCUAUGCUAACGUGCUGUCAAAGAUCACUUUGAAUUCGUUACGCGUCGCACCGGUCGCCACCGAUAAGCCAGUGCCGGAGUUUUAUUUGGGCGGUAAUCCGUUCGAGUGCGACUGCUCAAUGGAAUGGCUACAACGCAUUAACAAUCUUACCACCCGCCAGCAUCCACGCAUUGUCGACCUCGGCAAUAUUGAGUGUCUAAUGCCGCACAGUCGGAAUGCGCCCAUACGUCAACUGGCGGCGCUGAGCAGCAGCGACUUUGUCUGCAAAUACGACUCCCACUGUCCGGCGACGUGCCACUGCUGUGAUUUCGAACAAUGCGACUGCGAAAUGGUUUGCCCAGACAAUUGUACCUGUUUCCAUGACGCUACCUGGUCGACAAACAUUGUCGACUGUGGGAAACAGAAUCGCAUUAAUCUACCCGCACGCAUACCAACCGACGUCACCGAUCUCUACUUGGACGGCAAUAACUUGCCAGUGCUGGAUGCGCAGGUGUUUGCAGGCAAACGUAAUUUACGCGCGCUCUACCUGAACGCCUCGAAUGUAAUGUCCGUGCAGAAUGGCACUUUCGACGAGUUGAAUAUGGUGCGCAUACUGCAUUUGGAGAAUAACAAAUUGCAAACGCUGGAGGGACACGAAUUCCGUCAGUUGUCACUGUUGCGCGAAUUGUACCUGCACAACAAUCUCUUGACCCACAUCUCGAAUACCACAUUCGCGCCGCUAGUAUCGCUGAAGGUGUUGCGACUCGAUAAUAAUCGUAUGACGGCGAUGCCGAUUGCGCAGCUGGCCAACUUGCAGUACCGUAACAAUUUGCAGGGCUUAACUAUUGGCCGCAAUGCGUGGUCGUGUCGUUGCCAAUUCUUGCAGGAGUUGGCGCAAUUCGUGGCGGACAAUGCGAUCGUGAUACGUGACGCACAGGACAUUUACUGUGUGGAUGCGGGUGUGAAGAGUGAACUCGAUUUGAUCACCUCAAAUGGUGUGGACUGCAGUGAGCUCUUAGAAAGUGCUAGUAAUAUGGCGUCGCAAGAUAUCUCGGGCGGUUAUGUGCCAUUGCUUGCUGCUGUGUUGGUACUGAUCUUCCUAAUUGUUGUGCUGAUUAUUGUUUUCGUCUUCCGUGAGUCAGUGCGCGUGUGGUUAUUUGCACAUUAUGGCGUGCGUGUAUGUGAACCACGCUUCGAGGAUGCUGGCAAGCUGUAUGACGCCAUCAUUUUACAUUCGGCAAAAGACUAUGAAUUCGUGUGCCGCAACAUCGCCGCUGAGUUAGAACAUGGACGCCCACCGUUCCGUCUGUGCAUACAACAACGUGAUUUACCACCAGAAGCCAGCCACUUGCAGAUCGUAGAGGCUGCACGUGCUUCACGCAAGAUCAUCUUGGUGCUCACACGCAAUCUGCUGUCGACCGAGUGGAAUCGUCUAGAAUUCCGCAAUGCCUUCCAUGAGGCGCUACGCGGACUCGCACAAAAACUGGUGAUCAUCGAAGAAACGAACGUAUCCAGCGAGGCCGAAGAGGUGCCUGAGCUUGCGCCCUAUCUAAAAUCUGUGCCCUCGAAUCGCCUACUCACCUGCGAUCGCUACUUCUGGGAGAAGCUGCGCUAUGCCAUACCAAUUGAGCUGUCACCACGCGGUAAUAACUAUACCUUAGAUCAUCAUGAACGUUUCAAGCAGCCCGUCUCACCGGGCAUGAUCUUCCGCCAAGCGCCACCACCACCCGCCUACUACCAAGAAGAUAUGGAAGCCAACUACUCGUCGGCCACAACAGCCACACCCUCGCCACGCCCCAGUCGUCAUGGCGCACGCAUUGUCGACGCCAUACCUAUGCGCCCGCCUUCCGAACAUAUCUACCACAGCAUUGAGUCGGAGUACAGCGCCUAUGAUCCGCAGGAAGCGCUCUCCAUGAUACCGAAUGGCGGCAGCGCGGCCACAUUCAUGCAACACCACGGCCACCAGUCGCAUCAUCCCCUACAACAUCCGCAACAACAGCAAUUGCUCGCACCCAAUAGCUACCGUGUACACCAUCAUGCGCAGACCAACCCUCGCGCCAGCACGGUUGGCCAUCAGGCAAUGGUCAUGCAACUACAACAACAGCAACAGUGGCGGCCAUCAAUGUGUAUGACACAAAACGCGGCAGGAGCGCCAUCAUCGGCGAAUUUAAUGUCCGGCGCGACAACAACAGCGACAACGUUGACAAUGCCAACGUCGACCAAUCAACAGCAGAGCGCGGGCACAGCGCCCGUACACUUGCGCACCGGCAGCAAUUUGAGUCAGGCGAGUACGAGCACACAAUCAACAUCUGCGGCUGCGCAAACGCCCCAACCGCAAGCAUCCACAUCCGCUGCGGCGGCGGCAGCUGCAGCUGCCAAAGUGGACAAUGGCAGCGUCACAGCGACGACCGAGGCGCUGGGGAGCUCAAGCGCGGCGAACAAGAACAAUGGACAAGCGUUUUUGGUAUAAUGAAAGCCACAAAAGCUGUGGCAGCAGUACUACGACGGCAACGACAACAACGGCCAACAACAGCAGGAACUGCAUUUGCUGCAACAACAACAACUACAGCUGCAAAGCGCACGCAAAAAGGGCAGGCAUGCUGAUGAGUUGAUUGUUGUUGUGGAGCGCUUAACGUGAGUUGAAUGCGCGCUUACCGCAGCCAAAGUGGCAUUGUACGUACGUUUGUUGCUGUUAUUAUUAUUAUUGCUGCACGCUUUGUUUGCCAGCACACUGCCAACCACCAUCUCCAUCACCAUCACCACCACUUCCAUUUGCCACACCGCGUACUUUAAGUACGUACCACUUAUUUACGUUAUAUAUACACAUAGAUUCGCUCAAAUGCAUAUAUGUAUAGCGUAUGUAUUGUGUUUUGACUGAGGCAGCUUUGCAAGCCAUUCACGACACGACAACGAUGACGCCGCCAUCUUUAGCGGACCAACGCGAAAGCGCAAAGAACUAAGCAACAUUUUUAUUGUAAUAUAGAAAAACGUUAUGUUUAUGCGGUUGAAAACAUGUUCGGCGACACGCGAACCAACACACCAACACACACACGAACACAUGCACACACAACGCGACUCAUGCAGCGCGCAACAUGCAUGAAUUAGCCAUGCCUUCAGCACACAUUGCCACAUAUGUAUUCGUCUGUAUGUAUAUACAUGCAUAAAGCUAAAUGUAGGCAUGUACAUGCCAGAGUGUGAACAGAACGCGCACAAAAGGAAACAAAAGCAGCGGCGCAGCGCAGCGCACUUUCGAUGUGAGAAGCAAAAGACUUUCCAUAGGAGUUAAAAAUUUAUUAAUAUACACAUACACACACUUAUAUAUAUAUAUAUGUAUUUAUAUGUAUAUUGUAUAUAUAUAUAUGAAAUUUAUAUAAAAAGUUAUGCUAUGAUAUGUAAAUCUAUCGAGUUGUAUGAUCAUGUCUGUUUAUGUAUGCAACAGUGUGGCGACACGGCCGCCCGCAUGGCAAGUGGCUGAGCGCGGGCGUCUUGUGGUGCGCGUUGUUGUUGUUGUUGAAACACUUUUUCAAAUUCAAUGUGAUAUUAAAUAAAUAAUUUAAAACUAUAUAUACAUACAUACACACACCUACGUGCAUAUAUGUAUGUGUGAAAUAUUGAAAAUAUUGUACUAUACUCUAAAGUUAAAGUAGUUAAAAGCAAUUGUGUGUUGUAUUUGUAUAAUGUAUAGUUAUGUAUAGGGCGUAAUGUUUAAUUUGUAAACUAUUUCUGCGUAGAAUUAUUUAAAUUUAUAUGAACUAUUAUUACAAUUAUUGUUUAUACUUACUUGAAAAGCAUUUUCGUAAUAAGCAGAAGCAGAGGAAGCGACUUUUUUCACUUUUUCGUUGAAUGUAAAGUGUGAAACACACACACAGCCACACACAAAUACUACCGCAACUACAAAAGAAUAGAAAAAAUAUUAAUUGAACUACGAGCAGCGUAAACUUAGUUACUUAGCGAAUAAUAAACGAAUUAGUAUCUGCAAGCGUGCAGUUACUUGAAAAUUAUACGAAACACACAAACACCCACACACUUACAUAUAUAUAUGUAUGUAGACACAUGUAUGCCUCAUGCUUUGGGGCGGCAAAAAGUAUGUGAAACACUAAACUAAAUAAAUAGUAGUAUUAUAUAAUUAAAAACAACAAUCCAAUGAACGCAAAGUUAGUUUAUCUAUUAUAGAGUAUAUAUAGUGUAUUUAAAAUAAUUUUUAGUUGUAUUUAAAAUUUGUACAUAAACGAGAAUAAUGCGAUAAUAUAGCCAUCAAAACGUAACUAAAAUAUAAACAUAAA